ACGGCUCGAUCCUGUCGGACAUCGAGCAAGAACCGUUCUACGAGAUAAUCACGAAAUUCUGAUCCCCUGCUGUGCCCCAAAACCUUCGCCAUUUCCCGGCCACCGCUACUGGUCGCCGCCGAUCAGAAAUUUUGGUGUUUCUUUUCGUCUCCAGCAAAGGUAAAAGGUCUCCGGGAUAAGCCGUUUGUCCUGAUUCAUUAAAUUAGUGAAAGCUCCAGGCUUUCAUCUCGUCCAUGAUACCCCCUGCUUCAGGAUUUCAUCAAGGACAUGAGUUAUUGUAUUGUAGAAUGGAGAAUGCUGCAGAAAAGACAGUCCAAGAUAGUGAUAGAGAUGAUGCUAGCCAUCCAAGUGAUGGGGAAGUGGGAGCUUUCUCUUCUAACACAUCUGGAGAAGUGGAUAGCUGUAAUUUAGAGCUAUCUGAAGUUUUAUCUCCUGAGCAGGCUAAGAAAGAACUGAUGGGUCAGGUUGUUCAAAAUGAAAAGGAGGCCUACAGGCUAUAUCGUGAUUAUGGGAGGAAUAUGGGAUUCAAUGUCCGUAAAGGAAAACAAUAUUAUUACACAGGAUCAAGAAACAUCCGAAAGAAGUAUUACUAUUGUUCAAAGGAAGGGGCAAAGAUCGACAAACUUAGCAGCAAGUCGAAGUUUCAUAGAAAGGAUGUUAGAACAGGAUGCAAAGCAUUUGUGCAAUUUACAGUUGAUGAGAAGGGGCAAUGGAAGGUGACUAAGAUGGGUGUUGAGCAUAACCAUGACUUGGUUAAGCCUAAAGAAAGGCAUGUGUUGAAACCUAUAAGUUCAUCUAAAAGUGCAGAGGCUUCCCUACCAUAUUCAACCAUGGAUGUUGAAAUUCAUACAUUGAAUGCAGAUUCCGGUGGUGACACUGAAAAUGGUGAUAGUUUUGUCAACUUGCAGCAAAUGGCACAGAUCAAUGUGGAAGAAACUAGAAGCUUAAUUAGUUAUUUUAAACGCAAGGCUGGAGAGGAAGGCAUGUUUUACUGGGAUGUGCAGGUUGAUCAUGAAGGUAGAAUGACUAACAUCUUCUGGAGGGAUGGUAGGUCGAGAAUCGACUAUGACUGUUUCUGUGACGUCGUGUCUUUCGAUAGCACUUCUCACAUAAAAAAAUAUGGCUUUACAUGUGUACCAUUAAUAGGGGUUAAUCAUCAUUGGCAGAAUGUUAUGUUUGGAUGUGCUUUCUUAUUAGAUGAAACAGAAGCUUCUUUUGUUUGGCUUUUGAAGACAUUUUUGGAAUCAAUGGGAAAUCGACCACCCAGAACUAUUCUCACUAAUGAUGAUGUAGCAUUAGAAAGGGCUAUAGAGCUGGUUCUUCCCUCUACUAGACAUCGCCUUUGUCUAUGGCACAUUUUGAAAAAAGCUUCUUCUUGUUUUGGUAGCCUUAAUUCAAGCAAAAGGCUCCUAGACUCGUUUGAUAAAUGUUUGCAAGGAUGUGACUCAGAGAUGGAAUUUGAAGAAACUUGGAGAAAGAUGGUCCUUGAUUACGGUGUCGAAGAUCAUGAAUGGCUUAACAACUUGUAUAAGAACCGGCAAAAGUGGUGCUCAGUUCUUAGCAAAGAUUGUUUUGAUGGUGGUAUUGAGUCACCGCGGCGCUCUGAGAGCUUUGAAAAUGUUUUGAAUAGCAUAGUUGACAGAUCAAUCUCACUUGGCGAGUUUACCCAUGAAUUCGAGAAACUGCUCGAAGAUUGGCGUCAAAAUGAAGAGAAAGAGGACCUUGCUUGCCGGCAAGAUGGACCUCGACGUGCAAUUGAGCAUAGUGAUAUCUUGAACCAUGCAGCUAAACUGUACACACAUAAGAUGUAUAAGAUAUUUGAGGAAGAAUUUCUUGAUGGAUGUUGUGCAGCAUCUUUUAGAGAGAUUCAUUGUGGCGGUGAUUUGUAUAAAUUUGAGCUGACAAUGCAGGGAAGAGAUUCCAAGGUGUGGAUUGUCCACCUUGACAUAUCUAAAAUGGAGCUCUGUUGUACAUGUAACAAAUUCAACACCAUGGGGAUACUCUGUUCCCAUGCUUUGAAAGCUCUGAGUCUAAAAAAUGUAAAUAGAAUUCCAGAGAACUAUAUUAUUAAAAGGUGGACUAAAGAUGCUAGAAAAGGAGUUUAUAGGCUUGAAGGAAGCUGGCAACUGUUGGGGGAAGAUCUUGAAGAUGAAUUUAAAUAUCACAACCUCGCAAUUCGCUAUGCAUAUGACCUUGUAAUGAGAAGCCAAGGUCAUAAACAGGCCAGAAAAAUCAUAUGGGAUUCAUUUUUGCGAGGCGAAAGGCAACUCGAUUCCUUUUUCGAGAAGAAAUGUUUGGAUGAAAAUUCUGGUAAUCGAGAUAACUCAGAUGAAUCUGAGUGUGAAGAAGCUGGUGAGAAAAGUCUAAGAACAUCAUCGCUUAGGAAAUCAAAUUCAAGAAAAACAAAGAAGAAGCGAUCUGUUGAUCUAUAUCGAGGUGAUGAGUUUGGUGAACCUAAUUGCAGCGCAUUUCCUCCCCUAUGUAAUUCAACAUCUGGGACUCAGCUGGGAUUUUUCCCUUCCCUCUCACCGGGUUGUUUCUCUCCUCCAAUGUAUACCCCCCUAUCACAAAUGCCAACGCAGAUUUCAAACAUUAAUUGGGUCCUUGGAUCCCCUCCCUCUUAUGCAUCAAAUGCGCAAGGAAACCAAAACGCUGCUCAAAAUCUGCAUCUAUGAUAUCCUUUCAUUACCAGCUGGUUCUGCUUCUGAGCCAGUCUU